CGCUGCGAAAAGGUUGUGCCGUGACGCGAUUUCCGGAGUUAUGGCCACACACCUUCACUGGUAGCAAGGGCUUUAUCCAUGGACCGAAUUCGGCGAAGCUCAGCUCUUCGAAACUCCUCGGCACCGUCAUCCGCCUCAUCCGGUGCGCUUGCGGUUCGACAGCGCCUCCGCAAACUCGCCAGCAGACCCCAGGAGCCCACACAGCCCGCAUCUGGUCAGAAGACUGCUCCCACGCCCUGUGAAUCCUGCCGAAACCGGCCUUCCGCAUCGUUGUUCGACAAUGUCGCGUUGGACACUCUGUGCCACGCCCUCAGCUACUGCGACUGCCGCAGCAUCGUCACUCUCGGUGGUGCAUCACGCGCGCAACAGCGGUUGGCCAAGCACCGGAGCGUGUGGAAGACACUCGUCGAGCAAUCAUAUCCCGACACAGAUGAGGCGAGCAAGCCGCCUCACAUCAGCUGGCGGCGGUUCUACCUGUCCAUCAAGGCGGAGCGCAUCACGGCAGAGGUCCGGCGGCAGACGGUCCUCAAGGUCAAAGUCCGGUCCUUGAUGCAGCAGGCGGACCAGGAGAUCUAUUACCUGCAACAAGAGAUCAUUCGGCUGGAGGAGAGCAUCAAUGACGCCCUACGUCGCCAGCGCGGCCUCACCAAGCAGUUCCAGGAGCUGCGGGCCAUCCGAUCCUUCGAGACCAGCUGGGCGUUGCAGGCGGUGAAGGACCGCUAUGCGGGCGAGGUGGGGAGGGGCAGGGGCAGCACGUCGACCGAUGAAUGCCUCGAGGCGCUCAAGGCGCACCAGAAGGACACGCGCGAGCAGCACCAGCAGUACGUCAAGAACCUGGGGGGCGUGCGGCGGCGCAUAUCCGAGAUCCAAGGGAAGGUGCCUGGUUUUCGGCGGCGGCAUGGUGUGAUGGUAGCCAAGAUCGAAGAGCUGAAGCAGCAGAGGGAGAGGAUACAGAGGGCAGGAGGGCCGGCCCCAGCCGACAGCUAGGUGACGGUGUGUGUAAUGCACACGGGGGCGCUGAUGUGCGUGAGGGUGUCAACAAGCGGGUGAUGGUCACGGAGGGCAGGUGGGUGUUAGAUGUCAGGGCGAGCAUCGAUAUCGCCAUUUUUGCGUGCUGAGCAAGACCGUGCCUGUAUACAGACUGUCGAAAUGUGCGUCAUGAAUGGCGAUGAUGGGCAUAUGAUGGGCAUGAACCUGUUGAGAUUUUCCCAACGCACUCCCAAUG